AUGGAGCAAACCAUAUCACAUUCAAAUCCAUCAUUAGAAAGUGAUGUGCAGAACGAUUUUUUCCCAACUACUGAGUUUGAAGUGGAAUCAGAACUUGAUGGAAGAACAAAUGUCAAUGACGAUUCAGGGCAUGUUUCCAAACUCGUUCAUCGGUUCUACUUUGUCAAACUUUGGCCAACAAACCCCGAUUCAGUAUCUGAAAUAAAAAAGAAAGAGAGCGUGAUUGAGAAGAUGAAUCAUGAUAUUCGUGAAAUCACUGAAAGAAUCAAAGAGAAAAUGAUGUUGAAUUCCUUGAUGCUAUGUGGAAGCAAAAAUUUGGCGGAGGAAAAGCAAAUUCUAACGGAUGUAAACAUUCAAGAGAGAGAUAGUGAUUCAUUUAAGUCACUAGAAAUGCUUGAGAAAACUAUUAGAUGGAAUACUUACCUGAAUGACUGGCAGAAGCUCCUGAGAGAAAUUGAACAAUUCCUAGAAAGAGCUUCUGGUAAUGCUUCUGUGAAGGGAAAGAUUUCAAGCUCGGGAUCCUUGAGAAAAGCUAUAAAGGACGAAAUUAAGCAUUUAUGCGAUGACUCUUUGGAAAACAGAAGAAAUCUGAUAGCACAUGCGAUCCGAGUUAUACAUGCACAGAAAGAGCUAGAGGCCAUAGACAAAUUAAUAUAUUCUUUGAGAACAAAGUUGACAGAGAGGCGCCAGAAAAAGGGUCAAGCAUAUCAAUCCAUUUCAAAAUUGAAAAAGUUCUAUGAAGGGGAGGUUAUCCACUAUUACCAGUAUUGUUCACUUGUUAAUAAAGUCCAUCAGCUGGCUAAAGAGAAAGAUGUAGCAGCCCUUGAUGAAAUAUCGCAUUCAGAGGUUGGAAAAUUUAUGUUGGAAUGGAACAGUAAUAAAGCUUUUCGAGAAGAUUAUGAGAAGAAAGUUGUGCAAUCACUAAAGAGUCGGCAACUAAGCAGAGAUGGGCGAAGGAAACCAAGAUAA